GUAAAUCCCAGUUAUUUUACCCCAAAUCUUUCUAUCAAUAAUUUAAUAAUUUGCAUUAUAAUAUAAGAAAUCUUUUAGUUGUAUAAAAAGGGGUCUCAAGUGUUGUGCUUUCUUGUCUCUAUUUUGUUCGUCGAUGUCAUUUGUUUAUUCAAUUGUUUGUGCGGAGAAGAAAAAGGCAGUAAACACGUAAUAUACGCUACAAGCUAAUCGAUUUAGCGUAUUUGAAUUAGUUUUUCGAAUUUACGAGUAUUGAUGGUGGUUAAACAGUUUGAUCACAGGACUGCAAAGUGGUGGAAGUUGGGAUUUGGAGAAAAGUGGUUGUGCAGAUUUUUUAAUGGGCAAAUUUUGUUGUUUUAGCUCUGCUUGUGUUCAGCGUUCAGAAUCUCAAUCCUCUAAAAGCUCAGGCUCGGGGAAAAACCGUGAGGGUCAAAUCAAAUAUGGUUUCACCUUAGUGAAAGGAAAAGCUAGUCAUCCCAUGGAGGAUUACCAUGUUGCAAAGUUUACACAGAUAGACAGACAUGAGCUUGGACUAUUUGCGAUAUAUGAUGGCCAUAUGGGGGAUCGCAUUCCUUCAUACCUGCAGAAACAUUUGUUUGACAAUAUAUUAAAGGAGGAUGAGUUUUGGGUCGAUCCAGGAAGAUCAAUGUCGAAAGCGUACGAGAAAACUGAUCGUUCAAUUCUUUCCGACAGUUCCAAUUUGGGGCGAGGUGGGUCCACAGCUGUCACAGCCAUUCUAAUAAAUGGCCAAAAAUUAUGGGUCGCUAAUGUGGGAGAUUCACGAGCUGUUCUUUCAAGGGGAGGUAAGGCUACACAGAUGACCAUAGACCAUGAGCCCGGUAUUGAACGGGGUAGCAUUGAGGGCAAAGGAGGUUUUGUCUCAAAUAUGCCAGGUUUGUCUUCCUUUAUUAUUAUUAUUAUUAUUAUUUUUUGGGAAACCUGAUUAACUAAAAUUGAUUAUAAAUUUCCCAUAAGGAAAAAUAACAAUUUCUAUCUUGAUAGUUCACUGUUUUAUGCUCUGAGAGAAAUAUGUCCAAAAAAAAA